AUGGUCAACCCGGCCAUGGAUCAGUCAAACCAGCCGCCGCUGCCUUUUCCGCCCCCCGGAGGUGGUGGCCACACCAACGGCCACCACGCGUCCGGCCCAUCAUCUUCCGCGAUCACGAACGGAGAUGCCGGGCUAAGGAUGGGCGUGAACCAGACGGUAGCGACUGUGGCGGGAGAUCUGGAGGGGCUUGUCCAUGCGUGGGAUAAGACGCGAGGGGCCAUGGACUUCACAGUGGACGAGAGCCUCCGAACAGUGGCGUACAGCGUCGCGGAGAACAGGGUGCACACAGACCUCAGGGAUAGGGGCAUCGAGAUCGUUGAUGACAGCCGUGCGAAGGAGAGCAAGUCCUGGCGGCAUAGCGACAGAAGCAGGACGAGGUCGACGUCGUCUCCACGACGACCGCGGAAACCCCGAUCACCACCGCCGUCAUCGCUGUCGCGGUCACGGUCGCCGUUGCCAUCGCCGUCUCCCUCGGCAGCAGGAGGAGGAGGUUCAGGUUUCUCCGGUGGGGAGAUCGCGAGGCACGAGGAGGAGGAUGAAGACGGUCUACAAGUGACAGGGUUUGAUCUGCGUGCGGCUCUGAAAAGCGAGAGCAUCUCGGAGACCAGGCGGUUUCUGCGCGUUUUGUACGACCUGGCGGCGCAGCAGGAGCUGAUGCUGGACGAGAUGGCCAGGGAGGGAAUGUACGCCAUCGAACUCAACGACAAGCUAUCGUUGAAACUCGCCGACAAGAGAAAGGAGGUAGAGGUGCUGAAAAAGGCGUAUUUCUUGGCGAUUGAAACCGACCCAGCCGCUGCUUGGGACACGAGUGACAACAACAACAACGGUGCCGCCAAGAUCACGGCGGCCACGACCGACUCUCCCGGCGCCGGCGCCGCUGAGUCCUUGCCCGGGGCCGAGCCCACCCUAGAAGCGGUCUCGUCGGGGAUGACUCCGCCCCCGCCGCCCCGCCCGCCGCUCUCGGACUCCACGACUGCGGCGAGGCGGGAGCACUCUCGGGCGUUUUCGGGGAUGGGUAUCGCCGCUCCGGGUAACGGUGGUGCUAUUAGCCCCCGCGGCGGGGUGGAGGCGGCUUCGAACGGCGGUAGCCCCGGCGCGGGCGGCGGCCGCACCCGGUCGGGAAGCGGGGCGAGCGUCGGCAGCAGCAGCGGCAACCGCAGCGUUCGCGCGGAGCUGUUCCCGGCACCGGGGGCGGCGGGAGAGGGCAAGAGCAAGAAGACUACACCGGAGGUUUCGCCGCGGGGGGGAAAUGCCAACAACGGCCACGCGAUGCCGCCGCCACCGCCGCCCACCGCGUUCUUCCCUACCGGGCCGCCGCCGACGCUGUCGGGGCCGCCUGUGAUGAUGGGAGCGGGGGUGUCGGAGCUUGCUGCGCCGCCGACAAUGGCGGCGGCUGCGGCGGGUGGAGGAGACGUGAGCAGCGGUAGUGCGUUUGGAGGACCGGGCCAAGGGGGUGGGGUCGUCGAAGACCCCCUCAAGGCGAUGAUGAUGCCGCCGGCACCGCCCCAGAUGAAGCAGCGCACGGAGACGGCUCGCCAGGAUGAUGCCGCCGAGGACAGCGGCGACUCCAAGAACGGAACCAACGCCCCGCCCGCGCUUGCCCCCCCGCCCGUCCUGCCGCACCCGGGGCAGGCGGUUUCCUACCGGGCCGUGCGGAAGGCUCCCGCCGGUGGCGUCGCGCCGCCGCUGACGGCGUUCGGCCCUUUCGGCGGCGGCGGCGUCAGCGCGUUUGGUGGAGGGGGUGCUGCGAUGGGGGCGUUUGGCGGCAGGGGUGCCAUGACCGCGCCGUUCGGCGGCGGAGGAGACAGCGGUAGCAGCAGCGUCGAUGGCAGGGGGAGCGAGGGUACGGACGCCGCGGCGGCGACGUUGGGGGGCGGAGGUGACUGCGGCACGACGACGGCGUCGGGCGGCGGCAACAGCAGCACCACCUUCGGCAGCAGCGUCGGCUCGUUUACCGGAAGCUUUGGCAGCGGCCGCGGCGGUGGUGGGGGUGUUGACGCGGGCGUCGCACCGGCAGAGGCUGCGGCUCAGCAGCCGCCGCCGCAGAUGCUGCCGGGGGUCUCCUGCGGCGGGAGCGACUGCAGCGGAGCAGGGGUAGGCGGAGAGGCAGACCCUUCCGGCGACGGUCCGGCCGCCGCCGCCGCCGCCGCCGCCGCUGAGGGCGAGGAGGCGGCGAUGAUGCAGGGCAACGGCUUCCCCGAUGGCGGAUCGGCCGCGCCGGGAGUCGGAGACGAGAGCAACGGCGGCGGUGGGCAAGGCUUUGGGGGGCCGUCGUGGGCGAGGGAGGAGGAGACAAACGAGUUCUUCGCCGGCGUUUGAGAAACGCAAGCCAAAGCUCUGUUCAUCUUGAGUCAUGUCCCCUUGAGUACGCGAGCGCAGCGUUAGGUCAACCGUUGGAAGGGUUAAAUGCCAAAUCUUGACGACGGUUGCGCGCUUCUUUCCUUGAUAGACGUGUUCGCGCUGGGCGCGAGUCUGUUGCCCAGAAGGCGCCGCGUUGCUACGGCAGUAGUAGCUGUAAUGUACGAAGGAUUGGAUGCAAAUUUUUGACGGGUGCACGGUUCGUCCCCCGAUAGAUGUGUUCGCGGUGGGCGGAAGGUCUAUCGCCUCGAAGGCACUAGUGUCGCUUCGCUUGCAUCGGACGUUGAUUGGACGAGGCGGGGCUGUUGCCCUGCAGCUCGCAUCACGGUACGGGCUUGCUCCCCCCGUAGGGGAUGAAGAAUGGCGGCGUCGUUUCUCACUUGUGAGUCUGUCUGUGCUGAUAGUAUCUAUGAGUUGGUGCCAAAGACAAACCGCCCUUUUUCCGGGCGGAAUAGAUGCCGGUAUGUGUCGGUGCGUCGGUGCCAAGACAGACCGCUUUUUUGCGGCAGAAUAGGCGCGAUUUGUUUGCCUUGUCGGGAAUUCCGCCAUGUACCCCGGCGUUGUUCCAUGACCCUAGAAACCUGUUUCUUCGUGUCGACACAUGCUGGAAGAGCCCACGCGUGCAUCGAAAGCAUGCUCGUCUACCUGUGUACACCGGUUCGCUUUGGAGUCGAUAGAGGCUUGCCGGGUUGUUCAGCCUCCUGUAGUAAAUUGUUCAUGUUCAUCUUCUACGGACAUGUGUUCUUGGCAGGCCCUUGAUUGGUAGUGGGUGGGAUUUGCUGCGCGGGACCCGCUGGGCGGCGACUGCGUUAGUGCUGUUACUUUGGACCCGUGCCUAUCUCUCUCUCUGCGCUCCUCGUCGCGCCUAGUGUUUUGGAUCUGGGCAAACAAGGGGCUGUGCAAAUUUUCUGAAUUUCGUCACAGGUGUGUAGUCUGUGUCGCUCUCCGUUAUCUGGCCAGAGUUUUUUUGUCACAGGGAGAGGGAAAUGAUACCAUUAUUUAGUAGAAGUAAAAACAAAGUGCACCCGUGUAUGUAGACGUUUCCAUCUAGUGUUUCCCUCACGGACGAGUACGAUGCACGUGGAGUUUCGUAGUCUAGAAGUUGACGUGUGUGGCUUUGUGAUCCGCACCAUCAAGCGGGCUUGCAAGCCGGGUUCUUGACAAAUGCCGGCCUGAUUUGGAGUCAGAAGAUGCGCUGUUUGUGGUUCCUCGGGCGUCAGCAUGCACGUCUUUACUUUGGCUCGUUCAAGACCCCAUUUUACCCUC